UUACAAUUGAUAAUAAAAUGCUGACCCAUCCAAUAACGCGUGCACAGCCAACCAGUAACUUAUUGAUAUACACUAAUUCUCGUCAGAGCGAAAGGACUGUUUCAAAGACAUGUGAAAGAACACUCUACAAACCGGCGAUUACCCUGAAUUUGGCCUGCUGCCGUUACUCAACCAACCCCACCAAGCGGCAUCCCCACACGCUACUGAUGAUGUUUCUUGUGAACUUUGUCACGAGCGACUCAGCAUGGCCGAAUCGUACCGGCGCACGAGUCGUUGGAUUUCAUCUGACAACGCCUCGACGCAUCUGGAAUGCCUCGGCACACGUUUCCCCACACGAGUCUCGCGACGGCCGGUUGAAGCAGCGCGGCUGGGGAAGCUUCAAAUAACUUUUGAAGCUCCCUUUCAACACAUACAUCGUUAUCUUCUCUCGAGGUAGUCGUCCAUUUUCUGUAUACACGUCAACAUGCCGUUUAACACAGAGCUUACGCGUGCACUCGGCAUCAGAGUGCCCGUCGUUCAGGGUGGAAUGCAGUGGGUUGGCUAUGCAGAACUUGCCAGCGCUGUCAGCAAUGCGGGUGGUCUGGGGCUGUUGACUGCGCUCACACAGCCAUCGCCUGAAGAUCUCCGCAAAGAGAUCCGUCGCUGCCGCACAAUGACGAAGAACCCCUUUGGUGUAAACCUUACGCUCUUGCCUGCUCUGGUUCCUCCAGACUAUGCCGCCUACGCACGCGUCAUCAUCGAGGAGAAAAUCAACAUUGUGGAGACGGCUGGAAACAGUCCAGGGCCUGUCAUAAGGCAGCUCAAGGCUGCCGGCACAACCAUCCUGCACAAGUGCACCACCAUCAGGCAUGCUCAAUCUGCUGUGAAGUUGGGCGUCGAUUUCCUGUCGAUUGACGGCUUCGAGUGCGCUGGACAUGUGGGCGAGACUGACAUUACCAACUUCAUUUUGCUGAGCAGGGCUCGCCAGUCGCUAGGCGUGCCGUUCAUCGCCUCUGGGGGUUUCGCAGAUGGCCAAGGGCUGGCCGCUGCGCUUGCUCUAGGCGCCUGCGGAAUUAACAUGGGAACUCGUUUUAUGUGUACUGUCGAGUCGCCUAUUCACCAAAAUAUCAAGCAGUCCAUCGUCGAUGCGCAAGAGACAGACACUACUCUCGUGCUGCGACGGUGGAAGAACACCUCGCGACUCUUCGCGAACAAGGUUGCCCUGCAAGCUGUCGAUAUCGAGAAGACCAGCACAACUGGAAAGUUCGAAGAGGUCGCCGAGUAUGUCAGCGGCAAGCGAGGCCGACAGGUAUUCCAGAACGGUGACCCAGACUUUGGUGUUUGGACCGCCGGUCAGGUUAUCGGUCUCAUCCAUGACAUUCCCACAAACGAGGAGUUGCUCAGACGUAUCGAGCGCGAGGCCAUCGAGACGAUGAAAAAAUCGCAGGCCCUUUUCAUCGAGGAAGGGCAAGAAGGUGUCGCUCCGGGCGCGUCUGUAGGCAAAAACACCAAUGAUCCCGGAGCUGAGAUCUGGGGCAUUGGCAAGAGCAAGCUAUAGAUUUUGUAGAAAUUACAAAUACUAUAGAGGGCAGUACAACCAACUUUGAAUCACACAAAGCUGAAGACGCGAAUCGAACAGAUAAGACCCUUAAGGCUGACUGUUCUCAAUAAGCUUGAUGGACGCCGUCACACUUACGAUGAAAUUAGAAGUAUUCCCAGAUUAUUUGAUUGGAUUUCCAGCUUGCUGGUAGAACCUUUGAGAUUUUCCAUCAGGUCGGUGCACUCUCCAGUACAUUUCUGAUCUUGGUGUUGUCAACAUCUGGAUAUGGCUCUUCUCCACUUCCGAACCAAUCUUCACCACAAUAUCAAACUCUUCCA